GUUGUGUGUGUGUGUAUGCAGAACAAGAUCCGGCAGCUGGCCAAUGUGGCAUACGUGGAUGUUAUGGAGGGGGACAGUGUCGCGUACGUGCGUUGUGCUGAUCCUGAAGGAGCCUACCAGUUCAUCGAGAACCAGAAGGGGUCUUUCUGUGGUGCCCUCUCCCUGCUUGCUGGAGAUGAGGAGAAGUCUUACUGGGAAAAGAUAAACAUCGACCGGGAGACACGCCGCAACCAGAAGACCAGGCAGAAGAAACGAGGUGUUGAGAAGGUCAUGGCAAAGGCCCAAAAGAUGAUGGAGAAGAAAAAUCUACACAUCCGUUUCGACGACCUCUGAAGACAAGACUUCAAAAUCAAAUAUUAUUUGUGCAACAUCCAGAUCAGCACAAGGGAAUAGCUGAUAAACCUUACGUCAAAUUUCAAAAAUGAAGAUGUAGAUGAAAGUGAAACAUAGUAACCGA